AUGGGCUGCGAUCCAAUUACCCUCUUCAAGAACUACCGUAUGGCUACAGGUGUAUACCUCUUUUCAAAGAAGGAAAGACUCGCUUGGGAUCUAAUCUUUUUGAUCCUUAUUUUCAUUUUCUUCAUCGGAUUAAUUCAGCUUAUGAUUGGAACAUACAACUCAUUCGCUCGUGUUUUCUUUGGCGCUGUCACGACUUCUACCCAAAACUCGGUUCAAAAUUAG